AUGGCUUCAUCGACCUUUAAGCCUUCCACCAUAGACGAUGGCUAUAGACUCUCCCCCUCCCCCUUGAAGAAUCCAUUUACCUCCGACCAUGUCUACCAGCGCAUCUUGACAUGGUACCUCCCUCACGACAUAUACGACCAAAUAUCCCCCAAACUCGAGCAAUUCGCCGCUGAAUCCAUCUCCCCACAAGUCAACGAAUGGAUUGCCAAUGCCGAAGUGCAGCAACCAUACGUGAAGCAAUACGACGCCUGGGGCCGCCGCUACCCCGUCGACAAGCUCGUCACGAGUGACGGCUGGAAACGACUGGGUGAAUGGGGUGCCAGAAACGGAGUCGUCGCCCACGGCUAUGAACCAACCUACGGCCCUCACCGCCGCAUCAUCCAGCACGCACACAACUACAUCUUCAGCGCCUCCUCUGCAGUCCGCUCCUGUCCCGUCUCCAUGACAUCCGGCGCCGCUCGUCUGCUCGGCAAACAACUUCCCUCCCUCCCUUCCACUCAUCCAUUCCACAAAGUCUACGCUCACCUCAUCUCCCGCGACGACCCUUGGGUCUCGGCACAGUGGAUGACAGAGCGGCCCGGCGGCUCUGAUGUCCAGAACUCCGAGACUAUCGCCGUGCAUUCUCCCCUCCCCAGCAAAAGCACCGACCACGGCACGCUCGAAGAAGGCGACUACCUGCUCUCCGGCUUCAAAUGGUUCUCCAGUGCCACCGACUGCGAUAUCGCCUUGAUCCUCGCUCGCACCGCUCCGAGCGAACCGCUCUCCCUGUUCCUCGCGCCCACCCGUCUCACCACCACCGACGAACAGGGCCAAUCCUCGCAGAUCACCAACGGGGUACGCAUCCACCGCCUCAAAACCAAAAUGGGCACGAAAGAGCUCCCCACGGCCGAGCUCGCCUUGCACGACACGCGCGCCCAUCUCGUAGGGCCAGUCGGACGCGGCAUCGCCACCAUCGCCACCCUCCUGAACGUGACACGCACCCACAACGUCUUCGUGGCACUAUCAUGCUGGCGCCGCGGCCUGGACAUCGCCAAGGCCUUCGCGCGCGCCCGCGAGACCCUCGACCAACCUUUGUGGACCCUGCCCAUGCACCUCCGCCUCCUCGCAACCCUGGAGCUCAAGCACCGCGCCGCCUCACAGCUCGCCUUCUUCACGACCGCGCUCCUCUCCUACGCCGACAACGGACACCCCACCGACACAAACCCGCCGCCCUCGCUACCCCUCCCCACCCCCGGCCCACAAACCGAGAUCCUCCUCCGCGCCCUCACCGCCACCGCCAAAGCCAUCAUCUGCAAGACCGGCUGCGCCGCCCUGCAAGAAUGCCAAGAAGCCCUCGGCGGCGUCGGCUACCUCGACGACCCGCACGACGUCGAGUGGAAUGUUAGUCGUUUGUACCGCGACACCGCCGCCAACAUGACCUGGGAAGGCACCACCAACGUGCUGGCCUCCGAGGUCGUGCGCCAUCUAUGCAACGGCCGCAAUCUCGAGGUCGUGGGCGGUUGGGUUGGCAAGGCGGUGGGCGAGGUGCGGGAAUCGAGGCUUGCGGAGGGGCUGGCGGCUGCUUGGGCGGUGCUGGCGCGGAGGCUUGAGGUGGGGAGGGGAGGCGGAGGAGAUAUCGGUGCGGCGCUGGCGGAUGGGCGGCAGUUGCUGUUCUCGUGGGGCUGGCUGGUUAGUGGCGUGUUGAUGGCGAGAGAUGCGCAGCGGGACGGGGAUGCCGUUGCCGUAGAGUGUGCGAGGCGCUGGAUUCUGCAGCCGCAUGGAGAUUUGGGGUAUGGGGAGUGGGUGCUGCCGGACGUGCUGGAGGCUGCGAGAUCGGCUGUCAAGGAGACAGGGAAGGAGAGCGAGAAGCAGCAGAGGAACUGGGACUGUAGGAUCGUGUGGGGGUGUGAUCUGCCAAAGGAUGCGGCGCUGGGCUACCGGGCGCCGGUGGGGAGUGACAAGGCGAAGUUGUAG